CAAAUUUAUAUGUGAUUUUAUCGUAAAAUCAUUGUGACAUAUAUUGUUAUACUGCUAUCACAUUAUUUGGAAAAAUUGAACGUGAGUUGGUACUUAAAAUGGGUGUAAAAGAAAAGAAUUGUCGGAGACUUGGUCAGAAUUUGAAGAAAAUCUAUAAGGCUGAAGUUGCACUUGAGGCUGAUCAUCCUUCAAAAAGGAAGGUUCUAGAUUUCAUUUUAGAUCAUUUUAAAGAAUUUUGUUUCAAGAAAAGCCAAGUGUUCAAACAAUUUUUUCAUGAAUUCUACUAUACUGGCAGUUAUUUUGAAGGACUUCGUGUUAGUAAGGCUACAGAAUUUGAUAUCAAUGUUGUUUUUAAACUUUUACCUGAUAUGGAAUAUUUGAUUCAUGAGUUGGAAUCUCCAUUAUCGUAUGCUAUACUGAAGUUAAAAAACCCUUCAUGGAGUUGUGCUGAUACACCAUCACCAUUUUUUGAUGAUGAAAGUUGUCUUAUUGGCAAAAACGUCCGAAGUUGGUUUCAAUCAUUAGUUGAGUCCUUCAUCAAUAAUACUAACUUAGUAUACCCAGGACUUUUAGAGGUGAAACUAACUCACAGUGGUCCUGCUCGGACUCUUAAAGUUUUUUAUAACUUUGUUUGGAUUAGUGUAGAUUUAGUUCCAGUAUUUGCUAUUGAUUCAAAGCUUCUCCAAAAAUAUACACUGGAAAAUAUUCCUGAUUUUUCGGAGGAAUCUCUUCUAAAUUGCUAUUUAGUUCCCAAGCCAUUGAAAAUAGAAUUGAGUUGCCUAGUAACAGAGGAUUCAAUAGAAAAGGUAUGGAGGAUACACUUUGCAGAAACUGAGAAACAAAUUCUUAAAGGGAAAUGUGCAUUGAAACCUCUGAUAAAGUUGAUGAAGGAUUUACGAGACAAAGAAAUGUGGCCAAUUCCUUCAUACUUUCUUAAAGUUGUAGCAUUUUGGCUUGUUAAGAAACAUCCACAUCAAAGUUUCUGGAAUGAUUCAAAAUUUGGAUUUUUAUUUAUGAAGUUUUUGGAGGCUUUGGAAACUCAUUUAGAAGCCAAACACUUGGGCCAUAUUUUAUAUCCAAAGUUUAACCUGUUUCAUUCUCUCAGCCCCAAAACACUAAUGGAUUUGAAGAAAAGAGUUAACUCUAUCAUUGUGAACCUUAGCAAACGACCUGUACUUGCUUAUAAGUUAUUCCAAGUUCCUAUUCUGGAUCAUCAUUUAUCAUGAUUUGUGUAUUUAAUUUAUUUUUACAAAAUAUUAUUCAUUUAUGUGUAAAUAUUCAUUAUUG